UUCUCGCCGAAUGAAGUGCAUUUGUCCGCGUUAUACUGGCCAGGAAGGAGUUUUAAGGAACAUACUGGAACGAUUCUCCUUCGAGGGAUGUCAUGUAUUAUCAAACGAACUGUGUUUCUUAAUCAACUCUAUACUUGCUCACACUGUUGAAGCAAGGCAAGAAAGGUACACCUUUUCAUGGAUUGUUGCAGCAUACAAUCAGUGCAGUUGGACAGAUGAGCUGAUGUUGCUGCAGUUGGAGAACUACUUCAAGAAACAGUUGCCGGAAGAUUCCAUAUGGCGUAAGUACAUAAAAAAUAUCGCAAAGAAGGAAGUUUUGCUAGUGUUUGCAGCUCAGUUUACUCGUAAGCCCUGCACUAAGGAGUGUGUUGAAGAUAUCUUACACAUGCUGAGUAGCAUUCCAAUCGGAUCGGUUUGUCUAGAUCAGUUGGAGCUAACAGAGUGGCCUUACGUACUUAAAGAAUAUUAUUGGGGCUGUAAGUUGAAAUCCCUCAUUACAUGGGAUAAUGAGUUGCAAACGUCUGUUUCCUUUUUUGUUCUGUUCAUAGAAAAUAAAUAUGGGAAGAAGUUGAUGGGGCGGUUGUUUGGUUUGUUGAAAGAUAAGCUCACAGAGCCUACAUAUCCUUUGCUGAUUAACGUGUUGUCUUCUUUCUAUAAGCAAAAAUGGAACUUGUGUGAAGACCAUCUAGACCAUUUUAAACAGAGAACCUUGAACGAAUGGAUUCAAUACAUGGAAUCAGAGCACAAGAAAGAUCAAAAUGAACUCAAUAUUUCCCAGAUAGCAAAUAUCAUAAAAGACGAUGCUAAUACGUCAGAUAAUAUAAAGGACCAUUUGUGUCAAAUUGAACAGUCGGUGGAAAAUAUUCAUCGCUAUGCCAUCAAAACGAAAAAUGUAUCCAACUUCUUGUGCAAAACUAUAAAGCAAUGGGCUAAAGAGUUCCGUUACAAGGAGAAGGAGAAAACAAAUCAACCUGUACGAGCAGACCUGUACGAGGAAAUGCUUGCUGUAGUUGAUAGGGCAAUUGAGCUCAAGAAAGGUUUUAGGCUACGAGACACCCAGCGGUUAACAGUGUUGGCAUUGCUAACAGGUAAACUAAGAAAACCAGAUAAACCAGAAAUAAAAGGUACGUUGGCUCAAGUAUCUACAGGCGAAGGUAAAUCAUUGAUCGUAGUAGCGACCGCGAUCAUUAAAGCGCUCCUAGGGGAGAAGGUAGACAUUAUCACCAGCUCCUCAGUACUGGCUCAACGAGAUGCUGUAAUCAACAAGGAUAUCUACGAAUUGUUUGGUCUUAGUGCCUCCCACAACUGUAGCGAACAGCUAGAGCAGCGAAAGGAAGCUUACUCAUGUAAUCAAAUAAUUUACGGAGAUUUGGGUAAUUUUCAACGUGACUAUCUAUUAGACAGAUUUUAUGGAAAACAUGUUUUGGGUGAUCGUAGCUUUGAAAAUGUGAUCGUCGAUGAGGUGGACAGCAUGUUGCUCGAUAAGGGAAACAAUAUGCUAUACCUGUCGCAUGACAUUGCUGGUAUGGAUAAGCUGGAAUCAGUAUAUUUGUUUAUUUGGCAAAUGGUAAACAGUCCAACCGAUCUUUCGAAAGAUAUACAUGUGGAAGCAAUCAAACAGGCAGUUUUGAAUGAUAUGCACGCAAUUAUCGAGAGAAAAGAUAUUCAAAAGAUAGACAAAUCUAUGGACAAAUGGAAUGCAUUAACGUUAUGGGAGAGAUUGGUUAAGUCUGGAAUAAUAAAUGACGCAGGAAAAUUACAGACAGAAGCUAUUGAUUCCAAUGAGUUAGAUGAUGUUCUUUUGCCAGAAUUCACACAAUACAAAGAUCGUCUAAGCUUCUUGCUUACGUCCUAUCUAGAACGUGAAAAAUGCAUCAAGAUACCAAAUUAUCUGAAAGCAUUUGUGGAGAGACACUUGGACAGUUGGAUAUCCAGUGCCAUAACAGCACUGUAUAUGUCCCCGGGACAGUACUACGUGGUGGACGUCGAUCGAUCAAGAGCAAGUUCCGACCGUAAUGCAAAUAUAAUUAUUCUUGACAGAGAUACGGGCACUGAUCAAGUUAGCUCGCAGUGGGAUGAGGCGUUGCACCAAUUUUUGCAGCUCAAGCACGGUUGUAAACUGUCAACUCAAAGUUUAAAGGCUGUUUUCAUUUCCAACGUUACAUAUUUGAAGAAAUACAAACUGCUGUAUGGAUUGACAGGCACGUUAGGAUCACAGAGAGAAAGACAUCUGCUUGAGGAGAUACAUCGGGUUGACUUUGUUACUGUUCCUACCGCCAAGUCGAAGCAGUUUGAAGAGUAUGAACCUAUCAUUUGUUCGAGCAGUGAGGAUUGGAAAAAACAAAUACGACAAGAGGUGAAUAAACUCACAAAAACUGAUAAGAGAUCGGUCCUGAUCAUUUGUGAAACGAUCAGAGAUGUCGAAUCAUUCCAGAUGGUGUUUGAUUCUGAGGAGCACUCAAACGUUCACACUUAUGUACGUGAUUAUGAAACGUUUACUGUUGCGGAAGGGGACAGAAAGUUGGAACCGGGACACGUUAUCAUUGCUACCAACUUGGCAGGUCGUGGCACAGAUAUAAAAAUAUCCGACGACCUUCGGAAGGCCGGAGGAUUGCACGUGAUACUAACAUACCUUCCGGUGAACAUUCGAAUUGAAGAACAAGCGUUCGGAAGAGCGGCAAGAUGCGGAGAUGAGGGAUCAGGUCGGAUGAUAAUAAUGGUAGCCGAUGGAAAAGUGCACAAUGUUUCUAGGAUACUCACCCUCAAGCAAAAACGCAGUGGCGAUGAGCUUUUCCGCAUAUCAGCUAUAAAAGCUUAUUACGAAACAACGAUUAAAACAGAAGAGAAUUGUUUUGAGGCAUUCAACGAGCUGUACGAGAAGAAAAUGAAACUUUUAGCUAAUGCUAAAACGUCAGAGCCGGUGAAGGAUAUUCUGCUCCAAAGUUGUUUGGACAGAUGGUCGUUUUGGUUAGACGAACACAAGACACUGAUAGAAAAAGCAUCAGAUGAGGCUUCCAAGCGGGAAGUAAAACAGCUGUUGGAGCACUUUCUAUCACAAUUUGAUGAUCUGAAAGCAACGAGCGCAAACAAUUGGCCAGCUUGGGUUGAAGAAAAUCCAAUGCAAAUGAUCAAAUUGGGAACAUAUAUUUCUGCACACGAUUCAAAGCAUCGCAAUACAGCAAUGCAACUGUUUGGGAAAGUUAUCUCGAGUGAGCCGUAUUUUUGCGAAGCCGCCUAUUACUAUCGUGCAUACACACGAUUAUUUGACAACAUGAACGUUGGUGACUUCAAAAAGGAUUUGCGUAUGGCAGAAACGCUGUUCGAUGACCAUAUAAAAUACGCAAUGCUAGCAGCGGGUAUUAUAAGUGAACUAAAGACUACCGUUAAAAUGUGUGAAGGCUAUGAAGAGCAAAAUAAAAGCCUCAUUAAUCUGUACUCAUUGUUUAUACAAUCAAUAGACGACAUAUUGGGACAUGCUAUAAGCUCCGAUUCGUUUGUUGACGAUUGUGAAAUAAAAGAAGAUGUGGCUGAUAUAAUAUUUAAAGAUCUUGUACGAAUCGGCAUGAUAAAGAAGGCUGAAGUAGUCGAUAACAUACCUAAUGAUCAGAUUCAGAGACUUCACGGCGAGUACGGGAUACCUGUAGAUCAGUUGAAAAAGUUCUUAGCUCAACAUAGGGGCCCUAUCGAUGACAAAGAAUUCCUUAAAGCUAUUCAAGAAUCAUUUUCAUUUUCAAGUAGAACCGAAUUUUGGGUUACACUUAUUAACCAAAAUGUGCUACAUAGUGUUGAAAGGUAUGUUGCGAUCAAUGAAGAACGGCUCAAAAUAAUAGAUCCUGCUCUAAUGAACGUUCUAACGGAAAUGGUAGACAAAGGACAGCUGGUGAAAGCAGCUGUUAAGCUGGAUAAGCACCAGAUCUUGUUGAUCCACGAACAACAGUCACACUUUUACUAUGAGAAAGAGAAGCUCAUUAAUAUGAUCGGUAAAACGAAGUAUACCUCUCUUGAAGAAAAUGGUCUACUAUCAUGCAACGAAAAGGCAACCAUAGACCCAAGUAGAAUUACUGAUUGUGUGUUCUCUGCCUUUGAUUCUAUAACAGUUCAGGAUAUUACAAGCAACACACGAAUUACCACGAGCGAAGCGAAUAAAAUCAUAAUCGCGCUACUUGAGCGUAAUGUUCUAGAAAAGAGGGCUGAAACGUUUGUUCUAUCAACUAACUAUGACGAAAGACAGGAUAUCUUGCUUCCUUCAUUUCCAGUGUACGAAGGUAUAGUACAAAAAAUAAUUUCUUCCUGUUUUGCCUAUAGAUUAGCUUUGAGAAACAUAGCACGACAUAUAGAAAAGGAGGAUAGCUCUGACAUCCAUAUCGAUCCACAGGUCAGGUUCGAUCCACAUCGGAUAUUUUUCAACGAAUUAUUAGAGCUAAAGAUAAUUUUUCCUAAUAUGGUUGCUGAGAUCAAUGAGAGUAAAAUCAAGGAAAUGUACAAUGAUUCAUGGUCAAAAGAGACAUUGAAAAUUGAGCUUGCUAAGGUCAUUGGUUUGCCUAUAGAUUGCCUACAGCACACCGAGGAUCUGUUGACUGUGUUGGUUGACAAAAAAUGGAUUGUUCCGCUUGAACAUAAUAAUACUUCAGUUUUAACUUAUAAACUAUCUGCUAGAAGCAAUCGGUCAAGCCUUGGCGAUUUAAAUUGCGGCAUUGCCAACAGCACUAAAAUUUACGACCUUGUCAAAUGCUACAACGUUGAUGUUGCGUUUGAAAAGUGGUUUAACGAUCGAUUAUUGUUAAUUGAGACAAGAAUUCCUAUGCAUAUCAGCAAUGUGUUAGUCAAGUCCAAAUCCGUACUAGUGGGAUUAAAAGUAAAUAAAUUCGUAGUCCAAUCGAUUACGGAGUUGUAUGACAAGAGAAAUUUUAGAAAUAUCGAUGAGAUGCGCACCUUUAUUAUAAACGGCUUAGAAUAUGUUAUAACUCUAAAAGAGGAAAAAAAUGUUGUGAAACUGCUAAUAAAUACCGGACUCGUGUUAGUUUUCGGUGCAGCACAGAUAGCAAUUGGCGCUAUCAUAUGGGUAGCGCAUGAAGCCAAUGGGAACAGAUUAAUGAAUGAAGGUUUCAGUGACAUAAAAUAUGCUGCAAAUGCUUUAGAGUUCGGAUACUUCAGCUGGCAACAUUAUAAAAGGCAUAAGAUGAAAAGUCUGGCAUAUAAACUCGUAGCUACUUGUUCUAAAUAUAUGUUAAAACUGAAUGCUACACAAUUUCUUAGGGACAGUGUUUACCGGGAUGCUCUGUUACCAGUUAAGGAGGAAGCGAAGCGUUUAGCAUCUAAAACGGUGCAAAGCAUCUCAUGUGCCAUGGCUAAUAUUAAUGUAGAUAACAUUGUUACCGAUCAUCUACAAACCAUGCUGAACCCUUUAACAUCGGAAAUUUUGUUGGGAGUUAAGGAUGAAGUAGCCAAACAUAAAGUAUCUCACAACUUGCAGAGAGCUUAUGAAAUGUUGGGUGAGAAUGGUGCUAGGGCUUUUGUAGAUGAUAAAACAAAUGCCUUUCUAAUGCUACAGAAUGUGACACAAUUUUUUUUACCCUUUACUAAUUCUAUAGCCAGUUCUAUAAUACAAGGAAUUGUAAACAUAUAUAAACAAAAAAGUUACAUAGGUAAAGCAAUGGUAUUCAUCAAUCAGUUAAGUCAAUUGUUGAAUUUUGUGGAUCCUGAUGCUCAAAUAAAAAAAAUACGCAAUGCAACACGACAUCUUUUGGACAGCAUUGAUGCUGAAAUGGAACGAUGUCCCUCAAACACUGAGCAAAACUCAACACCAACAAUAGAAAACCAAGAACUUCCUGAAAAUGAAGCGAAUUUAGCGUCAUCAAUAGAAAACCAAACCAAUGCACAAGAUAUUGAGCGCUUUCAGAGUGAAGUUGUCGCGCAAUGGAAAACGACAUUGAGUGAGCACGUUCAACAACUGUUUGCACGAAAUGUUGUGUCGCCUGUUUUAAACGCAGGCGUGAAUACUGCUCUUUUAUGUGUGGGGAAUUCUUUGAGGGAAAUUAGAGAAAGCAUGAGAGAGUCCAAAAUGACCAAUGAUGUAAACGGAACAAACAAAAAAUCCGAAGACAAAAAUGAGCAAAAUAUUAAUCGGCCAGAUAUGUCAGAGGAUACAAAACAGCAGCUUACAUAUCAAUAUUACGGAUAUUUGCUAAAGAUGAUGAACAAGACUCGCAGUUCAUCGCUGUUUGCCACCAUCAUCCGAGAGAACGUUCCAAUGGAUUUGACGUGCGUUAAUGCCUGCACUAAAAUGGUGCAUACAAUGUUACAGGCACAAAAUCCAGCAAUAACAGGUCUCACCAUCACUGUGCAUGGAAAGAAUGGAAUAAAACAAUCGUUUAGCUCUGGAACAGGUGGUCCCAAGAUUAUUUUGAAACUGGUUGAUAACCAUUUCACUGUGUCGGAUGACUCAGGCAUGGAUAAAUCAGGUAACAACAGUUUGUAUGGAGCUUUAGAUGAAGUUCUUCCAGAUUUACAAUCAAUAAGGGAGGAUGUGUUCAGAAUCAAGCUAAGUGAUCUCAUCGAGCAAGAUGACACUGUCACAUUUGGUAGAAUCUGAACCGCGCUCCGGCGUUUGAGGAUACAGUCCGUUCCCGAGCUGUGCGAUUCUACAAGGAUUCAAGGAUAUUCGAUUUAAUAAAUUUGUUCGUGACACUUUGACGUUGAGUGUUUAUAAUCGAAGAUGGAAAGCGUAUUUUGCAAAUAUCGUUCAAUAUAGCAUCUCAAAUAAACGCUUUAGCUUGGUGGAGAUUUUGGAAAAAAACUUUUGUGGGAAAGAGCUGGAUUGUUGAGAUGAGUUUGUUAAAUAGGGAACGAGUAACAAUAACAGUGUAAAAAACUCACAUUACCGACACCACAUAUGGAAAGAAUAAUUAAAUGAUAAAAAAAAAUUGAGCAGGUCAAUUUAGUAGACAAAAGUUAAUGAUAUAAACAGUAAUGUGAUAAAGAAAACAAAAGUCCAGGAUUUCUAUGAAUAUGAGAGGACGGAUGAUGAACUUCAACACUAAUGCACCCCACCAUAAAAAUAAAGAAAGAAGACGAAAGCCUCGUUGUCAGGAAAUAAAGAUAAAUACUUUUUUAAUCGCUUGCGUAAAAUUACAACCGUAGACUUUGUAAGAAGAAAGUAAUUUGUUGAUUUACGAUGAAAAAUAUUUUAAUAUUACCUACUACCAUGCCCAAUACCAUGAAGCAUUUUCUAAUAAUAAUUUUAGAUUCUAUAUCGUUAUUGCAUGUUUAGAUGUUUCAAAACUGACAUAUUUUUUUGAAUCAGUUGAAUUUUAUUACUUUGCUUAGGUGAGAUAGAAUUGAAAAUGAUCAAGCAUUUUAAAAAUGCAACUCAAACCCAAAUUUGAUGUUUGGCAGAUGAAGAAAAUAAUUCUUGAAUAAUUAACGUCUGAUAAGAAAAAUGGAUUAAAAUAAUCCUUUAAUUACAAAAAAAUCGAAAACCUUGCGACAGGGAAAACAAGAUUACCGAUCGCUUUUCGAAAACAAAAUCUAAAAUUAAAAAAAUUGUUGCGCAACAUAAGGACAAGAUAAUGAACCAUCAGAUGAGGUUAUCAAAUUAUUACCUGUCACAAUGUUAGGACUGUAUUAUUACUUUGGAUUUCUGGACGUCGGAAGGCAUACCUCAACACGUCCAUACGGUUCCUUCUUCUUUUGCACCGGAACACAAUUAGAUAACUCAGACGGCUAAACCAAUUCUUCCAGGAGGCAAUGAUAAUUCCAAUUUUAAACGAAGUCAAUGUCCGACGCUUCGUAGCACGCCCCAGACGACGCUCGUAUCUUUAGCCGUGCUAAAAUUCUAGCUGAUACCGAUGAACUGAUGAAAUAUCAAGUAAAACAGACUAACGGCCGUUGGAAGAAAUCUAUUACGUAGAUGAAACUAAUUCAAUAUAAUCAGAAGCAACCUGCGCGGCCAUCAGCGGAAUGAUGGAUUAUAUAUGUGCUGAUUAUCACAUCCAAUGUACAGCAUGGGGCGGUCCUGACAUCUAAUCGAGACUCACGAUAAUAUUGAUACAAAGCCGGUCUGGAACGAUUCUCAUCAAGAAACAACUAAUAAAAAGUAAACAAAAAUCCAUACCAGCCAGCUCCUCAGCACAAUACCGGCCGUCCAGUGGAUCAGCCAGCUAAAACAAAAACUUAAACCUUCAAUGCUGAUACACUUAUUGCUCCUAGUAAUUUUGAUCUAAAAUACGAUGUCAAGAAGAAUUACUUUCUAUAAAGAGCCAAGAACGGGAGGACGUACUAUAUCAAUAUAAUGACAAGAUUAGCUGAAGUCUACUGGAAUUUUACAAUACAGUGCUACAAAUAACAAAGACACGUUAAAUCAUACUCUGUUAAAGUAAGCUUGUAUGCUUGGUGAUGGGUAGGCUGUAAGAGAAACAAUAAUAUUAUAACGUAGACAGACAAUAUAAUUAUAUGUAGAACGAAGCUUAGAAUUGAAUUGGAGUUAAACAUUUGCAGCAUUAAUGGGUGGCAUAGCUAGACAUAAAAAUUAUAUCUUUGUUAUACGUUUAUGUAGGGAUGGUCAGGCAAUCUUUUAAAAAACCUUUGUGUUUACAUACCAAUCGGAAACAAGUUUUUGUACUGUUACUGUUUUAUGUGCCUCACAUGCACAUCCAUAAUAUUCGAUAAAGGGCAUCAGAAAAGGGAUAAAAACAGGAUUUUGUACAGUUUCUAAUAUGUAGAACCCUUUGAACAUGACACACGGACCCUAAUUAAAAAGCUGAAUAUUAUCAAGCAUGUGUUUAAUUAUAGAAAAAAGGUUUUUAACAGCAAAGCAAAAACGUCAGAUAUUACCAAAACAUAAGACUUUUUUCAUGUUUAUCUUGUGUGAUUAUGAAAUAUGUUACUUAGCCAAUAUAAUCUGCAGAAACCGAGGCACCAAUUUAGAACAAAAACUGUAUGAAAAAUAUGUUUUAUCGCGUGCUAUAAAUUUUGAAAUAAUUGUUGAGAUGUUAAGAAAAAGAAACAAAGAUACUACAUGUAAUCUGUAGACUAUACCAUUAAACAAUAAGCUGGCUCAGGAUUUACCAUUUUCAAUGUGGCAACGGACUUUUAUGCGACUCUAAUGAAACUGAUAAAUAAUCAAAAAACAGUCCUAUCAACAUGCACAAUUUCAACGAUUUUAGUGAAACAAAUCACACAUAAAAAAGUACCAAACCACACAUUUCUGAUACUGAUACUAUCUAUUGGCAAGACUUUACAGAAAUCGGCCAGUAUCGUUCAGCUCGGUCGUAAAACCUCCUGCUCAUGCAACCAGCCACCCAAAUGCUGGGCUGCAAUAGCGUUCAGCAGAUUAUGGGUCUAAGAUGGUGUUACAAAAUGGCCAUCUUAUGGAGCAGGCAUCGGGAACUGGUACUGCUGACAAUGAUCAACUGACAAUGAUCGAGACCCGAUCCGGCCGGGCUCAUUCUUCAUUCACAUUGUUAUUGAGAAGUUUAUUGAUCAACGCCGAACUGAACAACACUUAAGUCCGGCAUAAGUAAAGAUAAGGAAAGAUGCACAACAUGUUAUUUGUGCCUCGUGCUAAUGUGUAUUAAUUAGUUUGUAAAAGGGAUACGGUAAAACCAUUAUCUGAGUGUGAAAAGGUUUAUGAUUACCAUUGAAUUAUCACCAAUGUAUUAUGAGUAGAAGAAAAGGAAGGUUUUAAUUUCUUCAUGUUAAAAACACGUUUCUUUAUUGAUGUAGUUGAGUUUUAACCAUAAUAGCGCUUUCACACUAGAAAAAUCAUCGUAUGCUGUUAUUUAAUAAACUAUUUUAAUGUAAAUCCUA